AGUGGUCUAGCCUAACCUAAAAAAUCUAAAAAUAUUAUUAUUAAAUAACGAUAAAUGUAUUUUAAGACAUUUAUGAUAAAGUAAAUAACUUCCAUAUCCUAGUCCAGAAUGGCAACAUGCAAUUUAAAGAACCUUUGUAGCAGCUUGGCUAAAAUAAGGAUAGACAGCAUCAUUCGUACAUCAUCACGUUAUCAGCCACCGAGAUACAGGCCUCCUCAGUGGUAUGUGCAGAAAGAAAGAAUGACAAAAGAUGACAACUUAACGCUGGAUAAUAAACAAUUCAUUGAAGAAGUAAUGCAAGACAAGCUUGUUGCACAAAAUUCUGUGCAGUCACCGCUUGCUGAAGUAAAUACUACAGCUACAGCAAAAUGGAAUCCGCUCACCCGCAGGGCUGGGCUUAUUGCGCGCAAGAUUGGGAACUAUCCACUAUGGCUCAAAGAUGGAACUAAAGUUCAAACAACACUAUUGCAGGUGGCUGAUAAUCAUGUGAUUAAAUAUAUUCCGCCAGAGGAAUUCAAGCCAAUGAAAACUUCAAAAUUAAACUGGAGAGAAAAACGACGUCUUGGUUGCCUCCUGAUUGGCUCUGAAACUAUAGACCCGAGUUCAGUUACCAAAGAGUAUUGUGGCUUGUUCAAUAGUGUUGGGAUGUUACCCAAGCGUAACUUGUGUCGUUUUAUGAUAUCAAGGGAGUCAGCCAUGCCAACUGGGACUCCUUUAUUUGCUACCCAUUUUCGAGUUGGUGAUUACAUUGAUGUUAGGGCCAAAACUAUUGACCGUGGUUUUCAAGGAGUUAUGAAAAGAUGGGAUUUCAAAGGAAUGCCUGCAUCACAUGGUGUGACCAAAACUCAUAGACGUCCAGGAAACAUUGGUGCUGGAGGUGAGAAGGCGCGAGUUUGGCCGGGAACCAAAAUGCCUGGCCAUAUGGGAAACAGCUGGCGUGUCUUACGUGGCGUAAAGAUACUGCGGAUUAACACGAAGCACAAUGUAAUUUGGACCAUGGGAGUGGCGAUACCCGGCGAGACAGGCGCCAUGUGCUAUUUGUUUGACACAGUGCUGCCGCUCCGGAAACACAAGACUGCACCACCCUUCCCCACUCAGCCACUGGUGGAUGAUCUUCCUAUAGAGUAUUAUGAUGAGUCUCUGCAUCCAUUUGAGGAACCUACAAUAGCAUAUGAGGAAGCAUAGAUAUAGUACUAGCCUUGUCAAUAAAGAUUUAGCUUUAUAA